CAUGCAUUAAUUAAACACUUACAAUUUUUGUUGGAAUAGGGAGACAAAAAUCAAGGUGAGUAAACUCCAAAGGGACACAAAAAUUUUCAAAGUCCAAAUUGGAAUCAAUCUGACAAUAAAAUUCCUUUCUCCAAGUUCAAUCAAACAUAUAUUCCAAACUAAAUCAGGAAUCAUUCUGACAAAUCAAUUUCUAGUCCCCAAUCACUUCUACUCAUCUCUCUUCUUCAUUAACUACCAAACAAACAAACCCCUUUUCUUGAUCUCUCCAUUUUUGGCUAUAUAUCUUUAACUUCUUCUUUCUUUCAUGAGAGAUUAUAUUAAUUUCUUCCCUCUUCUCAUUUAAUUGUACUCUUAUUGUGUUUCAUCCCUUCAUUGGAUAUUGAAGAUAUGGUGAGCGCGGAUCUUGCUCGGUUUAUCGUUGGCGUUAUUGGAAAUGUGAUCUCCUUCGGCCUCUUUCUGUCACCAGUACCAACAUUUUACGAAAUAAUAAAGAAGAAAUCAGUGGAAGAAUUCAAGCCAGAUCCUUAUAUCGCAACAGCGUUAAACUGUAUGUUUUGGGUGUUCUAUGGAAUGCCUUUUGUUCAUCCAGACAGCUUUUUGGUCAUCACCAUCAACUCCGUUGGACUUCUUCUUGAGAUCAUUUAUUUGACCAUCUUCUUCCUCUAUGCUGAUUAUAGAGGCCGGACAAAAGUGUGCAUCUCUCUUCUAAUUGAACUCAUAUUGGUAUCCAUUGUAAUUCACAUAACCAUAUUAGCUCUGCAAGGAACAAAGAAUAGAUCAUUGAUGGUUGGAAUUAUUUGUGACAUUUUCAACAUCUUGAUGUAUGUCUCUCCUCUAACUAUCAUGAAAAAGGUGAUAAAGACCAGAAGUGUGAAGUAUAUGCCAUUUCCCCUUUCAUUGGCUAGCUUCUUCAAUGGUUGCAUUUGGAUGUCUUAUGCUCUCAUCAAAUUUGAUAUCUACAUAUUGAUUUGCAAUGGAAUUGGAGUAAUUUCAGGCCUCCUUCAACUAUUUAUAUAUGCAUAUUAUUACCUAACAGGUUCGAAAGUGGAAGAAAUUAUAGAGAAGGAGCCAAGUAAAUUAGAACAAAAUAAGGUUCAACUGUCUGUCAUAGAAGGACCAUGCAAAGUCUAGAAAGUGUUUUCUUUUUUUCUUUUCUUUUUUUUUUGGUAAUUUAGAAAGUUUAAUUUGGGCUAAGUGAGCCCUUAAUUACUCAGCUUUUAUGUGUUUGUAUUAAUCAAAAACAAACUAUCACUAUUGUUUUGGGAAUUUUAAUUUUGUUUAAAUAAGUUUGCCACA